UCUUCAGCACUCAAACAACAGAUGAAGAUUUUGCUUUAGCCUGGGGCAAAUGGUACGCUGGGAGAUAUCAGUAUUACAGCCAAGAAGAAGCAAGCAAGAUGUAUUCCUCAACCUGGGAGUAUGUCCAGCAGCCUGCCAUCAGUCCUGCCAUGCAAACAGUGAAUGAGAGUGCCUUACCAUCUGCAGAGGAAGCUGCUCUCGAGCUUCAGGCAGAUGGGAAAAGUGAUGUAUGCAAUAAAUGUUGUUCUGAUGUUAAUAAAGACACGGUGAAUGAUACCAGUGAGGAGGAUGGUGAUGAAAAUCGGAAAACACAUUGUGAGUGUGCUGAGAAAACUAAAGAAAAGGAAAGAGACACAGCAAAGCACAAGAGACACAAAGCAAAGAAGCAAGAUAAAAUUUUGGAUAGGAACACAAAAAUUGAAACCCAAGAUGAACCAAAAUUAAUAACCAGUGACUCUAUAAAGAAAUCCUAUGCAGUAGAAAACAGUGAUCAAGCUAGUCUAAAGGAUGAUAAAGAAUAUUGUAAGCCUGAUGAGCCUAGACUGAGUGACAAGGAAGAAGCUGCUCAUGGAUGGGAUAAUUCAGGUGAUAUGAGCAUUUUGGAUCAGGUUAAGGCAGCUGCAAAUGAGGCAGUCCAGGGGAGUGGAUAUGUGUUUCAGGAAGAGCUUGGUCUGUACUAUGACUACAGCACACAAUAUUACUACAAUGCAGUAAACACAAAGGAUCAGGAGUUGUCACAGAGGUUGGCUAGCUUCACUCACUCCUGGAGCCAUUUAAAUGGCUUGUGGCCUUUGCUGCUCAGUCUGAUGUGGUGUUUGGGUCCUGUGGCGUUUAAGGACCAUGGGGGAUAUAGUGGCCUGGGCAAGAGGGUCAAGCGGAUAAGAAAGGCAAAAGAAAGAAAUGAGGAAGAGAGAGAAGAAGGGGAAUGUACUGACUCUGGAGAGGAAGAAUUGGAACAAGAGGAAGAAGAGGAAGAGAUGAGGAAUGAGGAGGCUGCUGAGGAGAGUGUUGAUAGGGAAGGUAGGAUUCAGUACUAUCCAUUUCAUAUGAUACAGGUACAUGCAGAGAUAAGUUAUCAUUCAGAAGGCCCAGAUGAUCACCACUACUACCUCAAAGAUUUGGGUAGCAAUAACGGAACUUUUGUGAAUGACGCAAGGUUGAGUGAACCACGAGAAACAAGCCAAGAAGUAGAGCUUGGCCAUGGAUGGAUGUUGCAGUUUGGUCCAGUCAAGGUGAAAUGCCACAUUCACCCAGGACUGCUGACCUGCAAUGAGUGUGAACCAGGACUAGUUAAUGCUAAUCACUCCUCACAGGAUCCUGGAAGUUCCAUCGUGUCAUACAAGAAUGCCAAGACUCGAGAGAAAGCGAGGAAGAAAGAACUUCAGGCCAUGAAGAAGAAGUAUGCCCUAACUUCAUCAACAGGUGCACCAGUUACGAGUGGAGACUAUAAUGAUCGAGCUGAUAGAAGAAGAAGGGAAGUUGGUUCUGAUAAUCCUUAUGAAAAGACUGAAGUAGCAUCAACAGAAGUAGCAUUAAGAGACAACAACAAAGGAUUUGCACUGUUACAGAAGAUGGGAUGGUCUGAGGGUCAGAGCCUGGGUAAAUCACAGAAGGGCAUAAAACAACCAAUACAACCUGAAACCGUAGUCGGACGUGCAGGUUUUGGGUUGGUAGUGGCAGAUGUGACACCAAGUGUUGCUGAGAAGAAGAGAGAGAAAGUCUUGCAGAUCACUAAGCAGCGUUACAACCAGACCUAAACAGGAAAACCAUAAAUAGAUCAAUAAAUUAUAUAGUGACA